GUCAAAGAUAAGCCCUAUUUAAACUUGACAUGCUAGCCAACAUCACAGUACACUGACUGGAUGUAGAGCCUUCUUCACCUGUAACCUCCUCUCUUGCAUUAGCAUCUGUUCCUUUAGGUUGUAGCUAUCUCAUAUGAUUAUUUAUUGAAGUAUUAACCCUCAAAAUGAAGCUGCAAACCUGCCAAAAGUAAUGACUACAACAUUACUACUGGUUUAACCACACAACUAAGUCCUUGUCCUUUCUUUCUGCACAGUGCAUAAAGCCUAAACCCCUGUCAUAGUGUCACUCAUGAUGUACAGCUUCAUGGGAGGGGGCCUAUUUUGUGCCAUUGUGGGGAACAUCCUGCUGGUGGUCUCCACAGCCACAGACUACUGGAUGCAGUACCGUCUUUCCGGCAGCUUUGCCCAUCAGGGCCUGUGGAGGUACUGCAUGUCUGGCAAGUGCUACAUGCAGACUGACAGCAUCGCCUAUUGGAAUGCCACUCGUGCCUUCAUGAUCCUCUCUGCCAUGUCAUGCUUUGCUGGCAUCAUCGCAGGAAUCCUCUCCUUCGCUCACUUCUCUGCCUUUGAGAGGUUUAAUCGCUCUUUUGCUGCUGGGAUCAUGUUCUUCGUUUCAACUCUCUUUGUUCUGCUUGCAAUGGCCAUUUACACCGGGGUGACUGUGAACUUCCUGGGCAAGCGCUUUGGAGACUGGCGCUUCUCUUGGUCCUACAUACUAGGCUGGGUGGCACUGCUCAUGACUUUCUUUGCAGGUAUAUUCUACAUGUGUGCCUACAGAAUGCAUGAGUGCAGAAGAGUGGCGGGCCCUCGUUAAAGUUAACAGGACAAAAUGCAAGGCUGCAAAGGAAAUCAAUCUCUGUUCAAAGCUUACAACUUGUUGUAAAAUAAUAAA